GAUCGUUGUGGCGUUAAUGUAUAUGCACUUUGUGGUGAUAAAGAUGAGCCCAAGUAUAACAGGUGUUAUAAACUGUAAGUGUAGUUAUUGAUUUUAAUGUAUCUUUCUCAAUUGUUGAAUGUAUUCGGAUUACUCCCAUUUACCCUGACCGCAACACAACCCUUGACAGGCCGGUAAAUAUGAUACAGACCUGCUUGAAGGUUCUAGCACUGGGAUAAAACGAUUAAAUAACAACUUUGACAUUGUUUUCCCCCAAAUCCCCCACUCAAUUGUUGUUCAGUUAAAUAACGUCAGAAGUACAUUUUGGAGAAACAAACAAAUAAAAGAUGGAAAGAUUUGAAAGAAGCAAUGGACGUUUCGGAACUCGCCGGAAGAGGGCAGUAGUGAGUCGAUCAAAUACAACAAAAAUACCUUAAGUCCUCAAAGAAGAAGAACCGCACUGCGCAUGAACACUCGGUCCAAUAACAAGCGCACGGCGAUGCCAUAUCGUGCAGUUUCUACUUAUUAUUACACAGCAUGGCUCUCGUCCCGUACGUAGAGAAUCCGUUACCGGCUCUUGCCAAACUCCACAAUUCAUCAGCUCACUUCCGGUUCGCCAACCACGACCUCCGACUCGCCCAGGACUGGAAGAAGCUCGGGGUGGCAGCAGUCGUGUGGGAUGCGGCGGUUGUCAUGUGCAUGUACCUGGAGAUGGGGAGGCUGGAGGUGAAGGGGAGAGGGGUCAUUGAACUGGGAGCUGGCACCGGACUGGUGGGCAUCGUUGCAGCCCUGAUGGGUGCCAAAGUGACCAUCACUGACAGAGAGCCCGCCCUGGACUUCCUGUCUGCCAACGUGAAGGCCAACCUGCCCCCGGACUCCCUGGGGUCAGUGGUGGUGUCUGAGCUGACGUGGGGCGAGGGCCUCGAGCGUUACCCGGCCGGGGGCUUCGACCUGGUGCUGGGGGCCGACAUCGUUUACCUGGAGGACACCUUCGUGCCCCUGCUGCAGACUCUGGAGCACCUGUGUUCGGACGCCACUGUGGUGCUGCUGGCCUGCAAGAUCCGCUACAAGCGAGACACAAACUUCUUGAGCAUGCUGAAGGAGCGGUUCAGGGUGGAGGAGGUCUACUACGAGAAGCAACGGGACAUCCACGUGUACAAAUCCUGGAAACUGCCCCCCAGGAAGGAUUUGUGACGACCAUCCGCAUCCGCCAUGUUUUACUGUCUUUUGCAUACGAAGCAAAUAAAAAAAACUGUUCCAACAAACA